CACACCCUAUUCCACACAACCAACAAACGACCCAAUAGUGCUGAUGCUGACGGAAUUCCACUGGGAAAAGGCACAUGAUGCUUUGUUAGAGCAACGUGUAGUGUAACGGAAAUCCAACCGCAACAAAAAAAAAACUGAAACAGAUCAGUACCGAUCAAACCGUUGUUGCGUUGUUGUAUCAAAUAGAAAUAUGCGUGCUUGAAAAGUGAUAUCACCGAAAGUCUUACCCCCGGAGCCUAUUGUGAGGAAAAAUAUGUUUUUUUUGUUCUGGGAAAUCGAGUGAUGGGUGCUGUCAGGAAAAUAUAGCGUUUCGUGUGGGAUAACGUGUUUUGUAUUGUGCUGCAUAGAUUUGUGGAAGAAAAAAGGCGGCUGUUGUGAUCUAGGAGAAAAAAAUAAUAGGCCAACUUUGUCUUCGUGUGCUAUUGUGUGUGUAUGUGGAGGGGAUUAGUGGGCGGAUUUGCACAGGUAGAUAGUCGACGACUGUGGUCAGGUAUCAUCGUUCGUAGGUGCAAAUGGUGUUCUGAGAGUUUAUGUGCGCUUGGAAAUACGGGCGAAAACCGAGUUCCAUUCUUGUGGGAGAGAUGAGUUUUUUCUAAUCUCUGCGAGUGAUUGAUGAAAUGAUUCGAUAUGUGGACCUACAUGAUGGCAGCGGCCCGAGGUGACCGGGCAAUGUCAUCCAUAUCACAGCGUCAUCAGAGCAGUCGAAAUGAUUUCGAUUCACCCAGCAUCUACCACUUCAACCGUGUGCAGCGUCCCCUGUACAACACCACGCAUCGCGCUCCGGCCGUCUGCAAUGGGCCCUCCACGAUCAGUACGACUCCCUUUGGGAGCAACACCUUCUACCAGAACUUUAACCCGUCGACUACGGGCAGCUUUAGUAGUGUGGCCACCACCCCUAGUCUCUCGACGACAACAACUCCGGCUCCGGUUUGUGGAGCGGGAGCGGGAGCAGCAUCGUCGACACCGUCGAUCCUGCAACAGCACCAGCAGCAACCCCCGCUGGCAUUCACGACACGGAACCGCAUCGAGGUAGCCUCCGAGCAGAGUUCGAUGCCGAACAGUAACAGUAGCAAGAACCACGGCAAGAACAACCACCACCUGAGCCAGCCUGUGAUAGAGUGCGAGCGGGAUGAUUUUCUGGAAUCCUCCGGUGGCCGAAGCUCGCUCCGGCGAUGGCUGAACGCGUUCCGGCACAGACUCAGCAAGCGGGGUCGCUCGAAACCGCCCGACCAAUUUCUGGACAAGUUUUCGUCGACCACCGCCUCCGAUACGCGGCUGCAUCAGACGACGACGGCCGUGGCUCAGGCCCUUCCCUCGGACGGAACCUGCAGCCGGCUGUCGGUCGAUCCGUCCCUGCCUUCGCACUACCGGUGGCUGUCGGUGGUAUCGUUGGCGGUACUGUACAAUAUAGUGUUUGUGAUAGGACGUGCCGUGUUCUGGGAAAUCAACCGCCAGGCGCCGGCACUCUGGUGGACCUUAGACUAUCUAUGUGAUUUUAUAUACUUAGCCGACACGUUAGUGCAUUGUCAUGAGGGGUACCUGGAGCAGGGUCUGCUAGUACGGGACGCGUCCAAGCUGCGGAAACACUACUUCUCCCGGCAGCGCUGGUGGCUGGACGUCGUCUCGAUGCUCCCGACCGAUCUGGCCUACAUCUGGUGGGCGCCCAGUUCCUGUGCGGCCACCCGGCUGCCCUGUCCGAUAAUAGUUAGAAUUAAUAGGUUACUGCGUCUUCCAAGAAUGUGGGAAUGGUUCGACCGGACCGAGACGGCCACCGGGUACCCGAACGCGUUUAGGAUAUGUAAGGUCGUUUUAGCUAUCUUAGUACUUAUUCACUGGAAUGCGUGUCUUUACUUCGCAAUAAGUUACGCGCUCGGUUUCAGCACCGACAACUGGGUGUACAACAUCAACGGGGCGAAGAACCUGACGUUGUCGCGGCAAUACAUCUACAGUUUCUACUGGUCCACGUUGACGCUGACGACGAUCGGGGAGACGCCGACGCCCGAGAACGACGCCGAGUAUCUGUUCGUGGUGGCGGACUUCCUGGCCGGGGUGCUCAUCUUUGCCACCAUUGUCGGUAACAUCGGUUCCAUGAUUUCCAAUAUGAACGUUACUCGUGUGGAAUUCCAGAAUCGAAUGGAUGGUGUCAAGCAAUAUAUGGCUUUUAGGAAAGUCGGUGGAGAAUUGGAAGCAAGGGUUAUCCGAUGGUUCGCGUACACGUGGGCUCAAAGUGGCGCCCUGGAUGAGGAACGGGUUCUUGCCGCGCUACCGGACAAGCUGAAAGCUGAAAUUGCCAUCCGUGUGCACAUGGACACGCUGAAGCAGGUUCGAAUUUUCCAGGACUGUGAACCUGGCCUGCUGGAAGCACUGGUACUGAAGCUGAAACUACAGGUCUUCAGUCCGGGAGACUACAUCUGUCGGAAGGGCGACGUGGGGAAGGAGAUGUACAUCGUGAAACGGGGUAGCUUGUCGGUGGUCGGAGACGACGGUUUGACGGUGCUGGCUACGCUCGGUGCCGGCUCAGUGUUCGGCGAGGUAUCAGUGCUGGAAAUUGCCGGUAAUCGAACCGGAAAUCGGCGAACGGCGAACGUGCGGUCAAUUGGUUAUUCGGAUCUGUUCUGCCUGGCGAAGCGUGACUUGUGGGAAACUUUGGCCGACUAUCCGGAAGCGCGGGCGUCCCUAACGGAACGUGGGUGUCAAUUAUUGCGUAAGGAUGGACUGCUGGACGAAGCAGUUUUUGCCAGCGCCCAGCACCAACAGGACACACUGGAGAGCGGCGUGGCCAAGCUGGAGCAAACGGUGGAGAACCUGAACCUCCGGUUGGCACGACUUCUAGCGGAGUACUCGGCCAGCCAGGCGAAGCUGAAACAGCGGAUCUCCAAACUGGAGGAAAGGUCCAUCACAUCGCCAAAACGGCGCACCAAUAACCACAGCUCUCCUCCCCCUUCGACGACGGCGACGGUGGCGCCGGUGGGAUCCGGAAGCAAUCGGGUCCAACAGUCGCGAUCAUCGGCCGCCCAGAAUCGACGCAAAUCGGCAGCAGCGUCGACAAUGAUGACGACGACGACCACGGCGGCGAUGGUGGGAGGAGACCCGGGAUCACCGCAGCAGCCACCUUCGUUCAACAACGGCAAUAGCAACAGCAGUAAGCAGAAUACGUUAUGAAUAUGCAGCAUUCACACCGUCGCCGUCGUCGUCAUUCUUCCGGUUCAUGGCGGUGGACAGUUGUGGUGGAGGUGGUCCCGGUGGCAUCUUGACGUUUCGGUGGCCAACCGUGCCCUUGCAUAUUCUUCUCUGGUGCUGGACUUUUAUCUCCUUCGCAGUGAUA